AAUAAAAUCGUUAAAUUUUCAGCGUUAAGGGGAAGUAAUGGUAUUUUGCAGUGGAACAGAAAAUGACCAAUUAAAAUUAGUAAAGGCAUAAAUAUCAUCCAAUUAUUAGGAAGAAACUGAUUAAAUAAAAGUAAAUUUUAAGCCAAUAAACAUAAAAAGUGUCCAAAGAUUAUCGGCAAAUUUAAUUUAAUGGAGUCCAAACGAUUAAUACUUAGCCUCAGCUUUCGAAAAAUUAGUAAUAUGGUAAUAUUAAAGUGAAGAUUUAUACAAAUAUUAAGAAUUUAAGGACCAUGAACUAGAAAUAACAACAAUAAGUUGGUCGCCAGAUUCUUCGAAAAUAGCAUCAGGUAGUUUAGAUGGCAAAAUUGUAAUAAGAACAAUUGAUAAUAAAAAAACAAACAUAAAAAAUAAAAGAAUUGACACAUGAUAAUAAAAUAUUAGGACUAGUAUGGGACACUUAUGAUAAAUAUUUGGCAGCAUUAUAUUCAGAUAAUAAUGUAAUAAUAUGGAAAUGUAAUUCAUGGGAAAAAUCUUAUAUAAUUUCACUAACAUGUCCUAUUUCUAAUAAUUGUUAAAAAAUAUCUUCAAAAAGGGAAGAUAGAAAAAUUGAUUGGUCACCAGAUUAUAGAUAUGUUUUAGUUCCUAGCCUUGAUGAUAAAAUAGUACCUUUUGCCUGCGCACUUGAUAGACAUUACGAUUUUAAAAUUUGUAAGACAUUUAUGGGUCCAUUUUCUUCUAUUAAUUGUGUUAAAUUUAAUCCCAAUUUAUUUGAGUAUAAAAAAUGUGUAAUUAAUAUUUUUGCUUAAGGUGAUAAUGAUGGAAAUAUAUCUAUUUGGGGUUUAGGUGAGGGUUUUGUUGCUAAAAAACCUUUUUUUUUAUUUAAAUCACACCCUAAUGGUAAUGAAUUAAUUGAAGAUAUAUGUUGGAAUGCAUAAGGAAAUAUGCUUAUAGCCUCAACUUUAAAGAAAUAUGUUUUCGUAGCACUUUUCAGUGAAUCUGUAUUCGGAAAGUAACUUACUUUAAAGGAAAAAUAAGAAUAUUUAGAAGGAUAAUACGGGUCUUUAAGAACAUUUUCUUCAAAUAAUGUCAAGUUUAAAGUUUUCAAGGCUAAUAAAAAUACAAUGGAAGAGGAAAAAGAAGAAGAAGGUAAAAUAAAUAUUAACAUGAAUACUGAAAUGAAUAAAGAAUUAAUUGAAAAAAUUUAAAAAAAUAUAAGAAGUGUAAAUUCCUUAAGUUGA